CCGCUUGGAGCGCGGUGCGGAUCGGAGCUGGCCGGCGGGCUGCGGGAAGGCGCUGCGGGAAGGCGCUGCGAGGAGCGGGGCGGAGGAGCGCGGCUCGGCGGCGAUGUCCGCGCUCGGGGGGCGCUGUUCCCGCAGUGCGCAGCGCGAGCAGGCCCGGCGCGGGGGGCUCGUCCCGCAGGCCGGGUGCCGGGCCGGGCCCUGAGGCGGCCGCGGCCCCGGGGCAGCCCCUGGCGGCGGGUGCGGAAGGAACGCGGCGGCGGCGGCGGCCGGAGCGGGCCGAGGAUGGGGAUCCUCUUCACCAGGAUCUGGAGGCUGUUCAACCACCAGGAGCACAAAGUAAUCAUUGUUGGUCUGGAUAAUGCAGGAAAAACUACCAUUCUUUAUCAAUUCUCAAUGAAUGAAGUGGUGCACACCUCACCUACGAUAGGCAGCAACGUGGAAGAGAUCGUGGUUAACAACACGCGCUUUCUGAUGUGGGAUAUUGGAGGGCAGGAGUCCCUGCGCUCCUCGUGGAACACCUACUACACCAACACUGAGUUUGUAAUAGUUGUUGUGGACAGCACAGACAGAGAGAGAAUUUCAGUGACUAAAGAAGAACUGUAUAAGAUGUUAGCACAUGAGGACUUGAAGAAAGCAGGUUUGCUGAUCUUUGCUAACAAGCAGGAUGUUAAAGAGUGUAUGACAGUGGCCGAAAUCUCUCAGUUUCUGAAGCUGACUUCAAUUAAGGAUCACCAGUGGCACAUUCAAGCAUGCUGUGCUCUGACCGGAGAGGGACUCUGCCAAGGACUCGAAUGGAUGAUGUCAAGGCUAAAGAUCAGAUGAUUUUUAAUGACCCCUUUGCACAGACAUUGCUUAAAAGAAAGCUGUACCCGUGGUUACCCUCACAGUGGCAGAAUCGCUGGGUUAGGUGUAUUUAUAAUGAACUGAUUUCAACUUCAUUUUCUACGUAGAUACACACACACAUGUACAUAAAUUCAGACCGUUCAGCAAAAAGAAAGAUGCAGUUGAUGGCUCAAGUUUGCUUUCCUGGUUGUUUUCCUCGGGAGAUGCGUGUAAAAGCGGAGAUCAGCCUUCCUUCCAAGAUUCAGCCACUGAGAACAGUCUGAUGCUGAGUGUGGGGAAGAUGAAGCAAGAGAAAGAACUUACGCUUUGGGGUUUUAUUCUUGCAUUGUAGUCCUCUCUAGUCAAAGAUGUGGCUUCGUUAUUUCAGUAAAUUAGCAAACAAAUCAAUGGCAUAGAUAUCAACUUUCCAGUAUUUUUAAAGUUACUGAUGUUACAAAUGCAAAACUAUUUUCCUGUAUGUGUACUGUACAUAUUUGUGUAUAUUUAUACCUCAAUUUUAGGUUAAUUGCAAUCCGUUCAGAGCAGUGUGUGAAGCUGAAUCAGUAUGUUGACAGCAGUACUAAUAUUUCACAUUGCCGACGUGUCGCAGCUUCUUUUCCUUCAUGAUGUGUGUGGCUGUAAUGUCCAUCAGACAGUUGGCUCACCACGACUUUAUAAAGCGAGUUCUCUCUUAAGAAAGCUGCUUGUUUCUCACGUGAUUUUUCAGUUUGAUUUUUCUUAGUGGGUUGGGGCAUCUGGAUUCACCUUCAAAUUACAGUAUCAGCAAACAGGAAAAAAUUGCCAAAGAGUUUUGAAACAAAUUUUCUUUUAAUCAGCAUUGGAUGAGAUGAUUCCAACAAGUGCACGACACGAUGCUCUGUGCUACUGCUUUGCUUUUUUGGCAGCGCGUGCUCAUUUGUGAUUCAAGACUUGUAGAAAUACCCUUAGCUCUCAUAAAGGGAAGAAGUCUGUUGGUUUUUUUUUCCCUUCCUUAACCAAAGAGGAGAGACAAAAGUACAUUUAAAAGUCCCAGUGGAACCUUACAAAACUAAACGUGUGCUGCGGUGUUUGUCAGAGGAAGAGGCACGCUUCUUUGAUAGCAUCAGAUGUAUGUAUAUCUAUAUACAGUGGUUGGAAGUGGGAUGGGGAGGGGGAGUGGAGUAGAGGAUGUUACUUGAAAAGCUGUGAGUGACCCAUUGAUCAUGUUCCCACAGAAGUUCCAGGGCAGCACUUGCUGUGAAUAUUAACUCCCAUACAUGGUCCGCAGGUGAGUUAUAAGGAAGUGUCAGACAAUGGGAUUGUCUUUUCUUCCUGUAGUAUUUCAUGGGUUGGUUGUUCUGUACGGAGGCUCAGAAUUACCGUGUUAAAGGAUGAAGGCUCUUCAGGGGGACUGCGGUUGGAUGAUUUGAAAUAUUACUGGUGCUGUAAAAGGAUACGUAGCCUUAAUUGUAGGCUUUUAUGUUGGGGUUGUGUGUUGGAACAGUAUAGUCAAAUGAAAUAAAACUUUGUUUGAAACGCCCUUCCCUUUCUUAGCUCAUACAGCUGAUAAGGACGGAAAAGACAUUUUAAAGAGCAAGCUUGAAUUGAACUUUCUAACGUGCUCAUCUUUGGUUGUGGGGUAACGUAGUCAGUGCACUGCUCUGCCAUUUGCCUGCCUCGCUGGGGAUCGUGUUGUGAAUGCGUGGGAAAAGAAGGGAGGUGAUUUCAAAGAUCUGUAUUUAACAAAGGCAGAUAAAGAGUUUAACUUCUUAAUGUAUUUCUGGUAUCUCUGUGAUGCUCACUGGCUAGGGAACCUGCUGUCUUUGUUAGGCAUUUUAACGUGUACAUGCAUAGUUUCUGGUGCAUGCACGUAGGUAUUGGUACGUAACUGGUGUGUUGCCAAAUGUACAAAUGUUUGAAGGAAUAACAGUUUCAUGCUGAGAUGAUUUCUCGGUUUAUCUGACGGUGUCUUUGGGAUCCAAGUGCUGUGUGCUCUGGUAUAUAAAAUGGCAGUGUACUUAUUCUAGUCCUAAAGAAAAGGCAGACCUGCUACAAACCUGUGUGUCUGGUUUGUGAGUCUUCUGUCUUCCCUUUCAUGCCUGCAGAAUGUUUUGAUUCAUAGCUUCUCAGUACUGUGCACUUGCCUGGAUCUGUAAAGGCUGUGUGUUGGUUUUGUGUUGGUUUUCUAAGACAAGUUGUUCUUCCUGUUCAUGGAGGAAAUACCACUGAGCAGUUUCAGUCUGGCUACUUUUUGGAGGCAUUUGCUGCUGACUCCUUCACUUCAAUUAGUAGGACAGUGUCAAGAUAAUGGAAACGUGGUAUUUUUAUACCAGAUGUAGCACAUGUUGCAACCAGACAUCUUGUAUUUACACGGACUCUCCUUCCCCUCUCAGUAUCCAGGCCACUGCUGCUUUGUGUGCCCAGCACGGUACUGCAUGGUUUACUUCAUCUCUGUCUCGCAAGUGGCAGCUGACCCCAGCAGGGAGCUGAGAGUAACUGCAUGCGAGAGGUCUGCUUGUGGAAACGAUGUCUGGGUUCCUUUUGAGCUUGUAAUCUGAAAAGUAAGUAGUUGGGUGGCAACUGUACAGCCUUAACCCAGCUAUGAAAGCACCCAAUAGAUCACAUAGAGUCAUAAGGCUUCUUUUCUAUCUCUUUCUGAUGCUGUUGCAUUGCGAGGAAAGGUUCAGUAGCUAAAAUACAGAGCUGGCAGUGCUUACUGAAGCACCACAUGUCAGUAUCAUUCUUCAGCAGUGUUCAGGAAGCAAAGGCAGAUGUGCCUUCCUUGUACAUACCAGGUUUGCAGUCUGUAAGGAGGACGGGUUUAGUAGCUGGGCAGAGUUAUCACCUCUUGGUGAGCAGAGGGGGCUCUUCCAGGUUCUCACACACCCAGCAGUGGUUGUGAUCUCACCGAAAGUGCAGCAAAACUAAUGACAGCAGGGGGCUGCGAUCUGCUGUUACAGUGAUAGACUGUGGAAGUGCCUGCCUGCCAGGAGGCUCCUUGUGAGAGCAAGUGUGUUUGCUCGCGUUCUGAGAUGGCUGUGCAUGUAUGUACCUCAUGAUGACGUUCUGCCUGUGUUGGUCUUUUCCUGUGCAUGCUGCCUUUCAAGUAAUGACAAGGAUAUUUUUCAAGUUAGUCAUGAAAUAGAAGGAGUCCUUAAGUGUGGUCAUGAGGGAGAAGAGCAGCCAAACUCCUGACCUCACAGAAACCCUUUUCAUGCACUCCUUGUGAGUUAACUUUUCAUCUCUGCUGCAUGCAGCUUCUCACAGAUAUUAUUUGGAAGCAAUUGGCCUAAUGCGAGUUGUGGCUUUGAUUUGUAUUGCAUCUGUUUCCCCUUUCUGCAUUGUGCUGGAUUGCUUUCCCUUUGUCCUUCAUCCCUAGGAUAUCCUACAGGAAGUGGCAGGUGUCUUUUAAAAGCAUGUUAUGGAGGUCUGUGUUGUAGAGCAGCACCUCCCCAGCAAACCAGAUAGCAGUGCAGCGUGCUGCAGUGUUGGAGAAUCAAGGUGUUGCUUCUGGUUUGGGCCAUGAUGAAGUUGGCACGUUGGCUGUACUCAGUGUUUCUCCUGUGAGCUAAAAAUCACACAGGUUUUUAAUUGAGGAAAGGUGGGAAAUCCAACAUUGGGUCUGUUUGUGUCUCUGCUCGGCCUCCCUUUUAAAAAUCUUUUUUUUUUAACUUCAGGGAGGGCUGCAGUUUUCCUAUGCAUUCAAUAGUGUGUUCGGAGAUGUCUGUCCAGGCGUGAGUGCUGGUAUCUGAUAGGCACCUACUAUAGUCUAUGCAGCCCAAGUGCCUACAACUCAUGCACUGAUCAGGUUUUCUUUAUGACCCAGAUUUUCCAUUCACCUUAAAAUAGAUACGUACCUAUGAAUGUUUGUGAAUGAGUGUUCUUGCCCCUCCUGUGUCCCACUUUUGUCUCGUUACAUUUUGGUUCUUGAAACCUUCUAUCCUCUCUGUUCCCAGCACUCUCCAUGUAUCACACGGCUGGUUUUCUUUGUUAAAGGAAGUGAUCCCUUUAUCUGCCUAUCAGAUUUUUCCUCAAGGAACCGAGUUAAAUGAAUCCCAGAAUACUUGGUCUUGUAAACCUCCUUAUUUAAGUAGUUCUCUUUAAUUGGCUAAUAAAACAUUAACUUUGCUACCAUCAGACUAACUGUGUCUGACAAGUAGUUUCUCAGCUAAUUCAAAUGAAUGUAGCAUUAAGCUUUUAAACAGUGCAUCGUGGAUCAUUAUGGGAUAAGAACGAUGUGAUGGUGUGAAGAAUGGCUCUGAGAAAGAACAAGGUCUGUGCACGUGGCCCUGGUGUUGUGUCAGUCAGUGCAGUGCAGUGAGCGUGCUAAAUGCAGACAGUUAGAUGAGGUUGCCACUGACUUGCUUAGCAUCGUUGCUUAGAGUCAUAAGCAGAAAUGGUGCCCUUGCCUUACCAGGGUUUUCCUGGUGAACUUUUCCAUUGUGUUCUUGAAAUUCACAUUGGAUGGCAGCUGUUAUUUAUAGGAGGAUCAUCCCCAUAUGCAGCCCUGUGUCCUUUCGGGCCACAUUUCUUCUGAGCAGACACAAGUUGGCUGUGGGGGUUGUUGGGUUUUUUAAAGCUUGUUUCGGAAAUGGGAAGGCUUGUCUGCUACUCAAUUAAUACAGAAAGUGCUGCUUUCCCUUGAAGCUGUAAUUCAUUCUUUGCAAAUCACCAUCAGCUCAGUGUUACUCCUGUCUAAAUGUUUCCUGUAUCAAGCACCACGGAGGGCAGAGGAGUCUCCUGCUAUAAAGAGAUGAUGUGCUCUGCUAAGAGAAACCGACUCAGAUUGGAAAGGCUGAUAAAUGCAAGAACUUUGUGACAGCGGAGGGGUACGUGACCCAGCUCAAACUGUGUCCAUGCAGAUCUCGAUCUGAGCGCUUUCAGCAUGCCCUGCCCUGUUGUUACUGUGUGCUUUGCCAAAACCUUUCGUCUCGCAGCCUGGCCCCACCACGCAGGCUGUGAAUGAUGUGCUUUAUUUCUCUUAUAUUCUCACUGGGUUUUUAAUUGGAGUUUUCACUGUGAGGUUACAUCCACGUGGGUGUGUAUGAACCAUGUAUCCAGGGGUGUAUUUACAUUCAUCACAUGCAUUUUGUUCUUCUCUUUCUUCAAUUUUUAUCUUGAAAGAAAUCCAUAAAAUCCGUGGCGAGCUCUGAAACUGCAAUAAAACUUCAUUCCAGAACACAUAAAGUCAUUACAUCAAGUUAAAAUGAGGACUUAUGGGCUGGCUUGUCUUGGCUUGAGUACUUCUGUGGUUUAAAUACAAGCAAGCCUAUUAGGACUAUUUAACUACAGCUUCAUAGAGUCAUUCAGCACAGCCAGGUUCAGUUGGGAUUCUCUUGCACGACGUUCCCCAAAGUUCUAUCAGGGUGUUCCUGGUCAGAACUUUACCAUUUGUGUUCUACUUUUUGCAUGUGUGGUAGGGCAACUUCUCAGAGCAGAUGUACCAUCUCCCAUGCUGUUCUAAGGGCUUAUCGGGGCGUUAUGUGAGAUGGAGAGCUGGGUGGCAAAGCUGUGGAGAUGAGGUUUGUGCUGGGAGGUCACUUGGUCAGAAGUGUGUCUGCUGGCUUUAAAUAGGAAGGAGAAUGGGGUUAAUGGUGGGAUGUUCUUUUCCUUUAGAAAGUACUGAGUUGUUGUGGUGUGUUCAUGCGUCCCACGCUGGUAACGCAACCCUGGGAGUGCUGGGGUUACAGGUAACUGCUUAGAAAGCAAAUGGGAUGAAAUUGAAGCUGCUUCAAGAAACAAAUAAGGCACGUGGCUGCUCCUGAGAUGUGCUGGUGGGCAGCGCUGGAGCUGGAAUGCAGUCUUGUUCUGUUGGUGUUAAUUUUGGACCUGUUGCUCUAUUCCCACCUGCACUGUGUGUAUAGCCCUGUGCUGAGCUCUCAGAUAAAAGUAAUGCACAGAUAGGUGCUCGCUGAGCUUACAGACAUGCCAUAACUGCAAGCAGCCUCCAUUACAACAGGAGGAUGGAUGGCAGAGUGCAUUCCUGUGCUGUUCUGCCUGCUGUCUGAUACGAGUCUACAGAUCACUGUUAGUCCAGGAAAAUACCCACAGAAGGAAACUGGAAGGGUUUGAUUCCUGCAUGCUGUUAGUGUUCUACCUUCAUUCCUGCGCACAAAAAGGGCUUGCCACUGCUGAACUCCUCACUUCAGCUCUGCAGCCAGCAUCUGGGUGUCCUGCAUAGAGCACAGCUGCUGCAGUGAGCAUUGCCUUAUUCAUUAACAUCUCCCACGUGGACCUGGAAUUGGUCUUUUGAAAAGAAAAGUACCUUGUUACUUUUGGGCUUAUCUGUUUCUUGACUGUGUGAACACUGAAGACUGCUGCGUUCUCUUUGAUUGUCUUUAAGUUAAAACAUCCUGACUGUCGGACCCUAUCACCACUUCUAAAAGUGCAAGUCAUGUCAUUGCUGCUAUUGCACCCUGGACUUUGGUUUCUUCCAAGUAUUUAAUACAAUCUUUCAACGUGAUGUUGAAUUAGAUGCAAACAUACUGGAUCAGUGACAUCUUGGGAGCCAGUACUUGUUAUUAGCUGUGUUCUGUCUUGCUUUGUGCCUCAUUGUUCAGAACUGGAAGGCAUUUUUUCUCCCGGUGUGUGUGUGUGUGUGUGUGUCUGUGUGUGUGUAGGUGAAGUACUGGGGUCAUGCAAAGCGAUGCAGAUCUUGGAAGAACAACGUUUGGUCUAAUGUCUUUGUACAUCAAUAAAGUCUUAGUAUGAUUACAGGUACUGCUGAAGACUUGCUUUCGAGGUCCUUGUACUGCUGAAUUCCAAGAGGCACCCCAUUGUAACCUGUAUGUAUAGCUUUAAAACAUGACUUGAUGGAUGCAUAUUAGAGCUGUAUAAAGAACUAAUAAACAUUAUUGUUUGUAUUAA